AUGCCGGGGUUCGCAGACUCGUUCUGGACACCCGACUAUGUAAGCGGGUUGGGUGUCCUGGUCUCCAAGUUGCAGCAGGGGAUUGUGGAAAACCAGCAGAUACUCACAAUUGCAAGUAUGCGGGCUGUUGCGGAGGAACAGUAUAGCGCAAAGCUGGGUGAAAUAGCUCCCGCAAUUGACCGCAUGGGCAAUGGCUUUGCAAGAGACGAUGGUGCGAGCGUCCGAAAGGCAUACGAAGGAAUCCGCAGCGAAAUGAUAGAAGCCACAAAAAACCACCAGAAGAUAGCAUCCAGUAUUCGCGAACUUGUUAUUAACCCAUUUGGUCGCUGGGCCGACCAGCAUGAACUUCGAAUUCUCAAAAGCCAAGAAGAGCUCCAGAUCAGGAUCAAGGAGCAUCAUAAACAGACAGAGACUGUCAGGAAACUGAGGACCCAAUACUUUAACAAAUGUCGCCUGGUUGAAGAUUUGGAGGAGGAGAACAAACUGGCUUUUCAGAGCCCGGAGAAGGAGGCCGCUGGGAGCCCCAAUACACAACCACCCCCGCCAACUAUUGUGCUCGAGAAUGUGGCUGAGGAACUUGAACCAGUGGAGCUAGGCGAUAAGAUUUACCCUCCAGAGCAGCUGAAGCAACUAUUGAUCCAGAUGUUGGGAACCAUCAAACUCGGGGAGGUCAAGAUUGCCAUUUUAGGAACUUAUCAAAAUACAUCCACCGGCGCAGACAUUGUUGAGUUCAUUCAGAAGCACAUGGGUGCUUCAAGUAUCAGCUACGCCGAAAGAAUUGGGCAGGAUUUGGUGGACAAUGGCUUCUUGCGGCUUGUAGGGAACGUAGGCAAUACUUUUGCCAACAGCUCGAGGAUGAAUUACCAGUGGCGCUCCAAAGCUUUCCAAGUUUCCGGUAUUCCAGAGAAAAAGAAGUCGCUGUUACGAGUAUCUACGCUUGGGGUAGGUGGUGAUGAGGCCGCGGACUCCCCGACCGCUGCUGCAGUUGCUGAUUUGUUCUCUCAAUGGAACCCGCUUAACAACCCACAUCCCAACGAAACUCCUGCAGAAAAGCUCCGACGUGAAGCCCGCGAAGCUGACGAGCGAUACAAAGCUGCGGUGAAAAAAUUAGAUCGCCUACGAUGUCAACUUGAGGAAGAAAUGGUCGAUUAUCUGCGUUUCAUGGAGCGUUGUGAGUUGGACCGCUUGAAGGCCAUCAAGGCUGUUGUGUUGGAUUUCUCUGGCGCGAUAAGCAAUGUUAUUCCGUCCCUGCGCAACACUGUCGAUAAGAUGAUGCUAUUCCAGGAGACUAUUCAGCCUCACGGAGAUCUAAGAUAUUUGCUGGAGAAUUAUCGCACUGGUGCCUUCGUCCCCCGCGUUCAGCCAUACGAAAAUUACUAUGGCACCGUUGAUGAACAAACAUUUGGCGUCGAUCUCGAAGCCAGGGCUAGAGCUGAUAGAAAACGCGUCCCUAUCAUUGUCACGUCUAUUUUGACAUACCUGGAUGAUCACUAUCCGGACCUCGAAGGUGAUGAAGCAAGACGUGCCAUCUGGCUGCACGAAGUUCCGCUCGCUGUUACGCAUCAUUUACGCAAUGCUCUGAAUAAUGGGAAACCAUUUACUCAUGAAGUUUUAGAAAAAUACGAAAUGCCAGUUGUUGCGAGUGUUUUGAAAUUAUAUCUUCUUGAACUUCCAGAUUCCCUUGUUUCUUCCCAAGUCUACGAAAUUGUGCGGACGGUGUACACUACGGCCAGUGAGGCUCCAGCGGAAGGCCGCAUGAAAGUUCUUCAGAGCACACUUGGACAGCUCCGUUUGAACAACAUCGCUACUCUCGACGCUAUCAUUACCCACUUUACCCGGCUUAUCGACCUCACAUCAGCAGACGAAGCCUACGUUACAGCCCUGGCUCAGAAUCUAGCGCCAUGCAUUCUCCGCCCACGGCUCGAGAAUAAUCUUACCAUGGAUGAGCGCCACAGCUACCGCCUUCUCCGCGAUCUAUUCGACCACAAGGACGAAAUCUUCGGCGAGCUCAAACGCCAAUCAAGCACCCUUGGAAACUUGGGCCCUGGAGGUCCCAGACCCAGAGCUAUCAGCACGGACGAAAGCAACCGACGUGUGAACAUGGAAGCACGGCAGCGCGCUAUAGUCGAUCGUUCCCGCGCUACCAGCCCGGCACCCUCAAACCGGCACCGUCGUGAUAGGUCAACCGGUGGCUCAGAAUCAAUGCGCUUCCCCAUCAAUGUCAGCAGUCCGUCAUCCUCUGCGACGGAGCGUCGAACAACCCGCCAUAGCCUCGAGGUACCAGACUCAGCCAUUUCUUCGCCCCCGGCAGAUAAGUCCAACAAACCCGUCUUACCCUCCACUUCUGCUACAAUCCUGGACUCAAUCGUCACCAAUGGCAGCGGCAAUCACACAGCAACCGACAGCGUCAGCUCCUCCACCACGUUAUCCGAACCCGUGCCCACCGCCACUAAUAGCGUUAGCAAUAACACCGGCGGUAUGGAAAAGAGCAAUUCUCUCUCUCGAUCCAGUGGACGGUAUAGCCGCAUUGCAGGGCUGAAGCGGGAUAGCGUUGCGGAGAUCGAGAAGAAUGUACAAUCCGAGUUCCCGAAACAUACUGGAGUGACGCUUCAAGAUGCGCCGAUGGAUGACUGA